AUGCUGUUGAGAAACUCCAUCACUUGCGUUGUACUACUAAUUAUAGUACAACGUACAACAUCGGAAGAGAUAAUAGCUUACAUAGCCGAAGAUGGUGAUGAUGACGGCAUAAGCAUUUAUCAGCAUCUGAAAGUACUGCAAAAGUACCGUUCCCAGACCUUUAAAGUGCAAAAUAUCACUGUGGAGCACACUGCCAUUACGAAUGAAACAUCUGUAAAUGAGCUUUCUGGGUUGCUCAGUAAUGUCAGCCUUCUGAUCAGUGCAUGCAAAACUGGAGAGGGUCAGCAACUAGUAAUGAACUUUUCACAAUAUUCUGGCAUCCCAACUGUGCACAUUGUGAGAAGCAGCUGGAAUGCGCUAGAAACGGCGACUGGUUAG